UUGUUUCAAGUCGAUCCUGAUAUUAAAUGAUAGUCAAAUAAGAAGACUUUGAUCUCCAGUAAUUUGUAUGGCUUGGUAUAAAAAGAAAAACUUAUAACGCUAGCAAUGUUUAGGCACUUGGACGUUGAAGAACCAGCAAGAUGAACUCUCUAACGCUAUGGCUCGCUGUUGCUGCAUUAAUGAUUGCUGUUUCAGUCAGUCAGGAUGUAGACUUUGGCUUCGGCAUAGACGGUAAUAGAGAGAGACAACUGGAUCUGGAGAGACAAAGGGAACGGGAAAGAGAAAGGGAGCAGAGAGAGCGAAAUAGGGCCCAAGAAAUAUAUCCAGGUUGCAGGGAUAAAGUUGCCGAUAUUUUCUUCAUCUUGGAUUCAUCAAGCAGCAUCUAUAUUGAAGAUUAUUUCAAACAACGAAACUUUGUUAAAAGCAUCAUCAAUAGGUUGGCUAUAGAUUCCCGAUUUACCAGAGUUGGGGCUCUUACAUUCAGUGAUAACUACCGAGUAUCGUUUGGAAUCAACGAAUACCGAGACAAAUUAUCUCUGGUGAAUGCCAUCAACGACCAGAACAUCCCUUACUUAUCCGGAGCUACUAAUACAGCUUCUGCCAUUCGUUACGUUCGUGAAAACGUUCCGUUCCGAAACGACAUUACUCGAGCCAUCGUUGUCAUGACUGAUGGUUACUCUGCUGCACCGGGAGCAACAGCUUCAGAGGCGGAUCAAGCCAGAAGAGAGGGCAACUAUCUAUUUGUUAUCGGGGUUGGUCAAUAUACAGAUGAACGAGAAUGGAGAGCAAUAGCCAGCGAUCCUGAUGAUAACUUCAUGUUUAACAUCACUGAUUAUCGAGCAUUAGACAGAUUACAGUCAACUAUAGCGCAAAGGAUUUGCUCUCUUCCUCCACUUAUUAUCAACAGAUUACAGAGUUGUUUUGUUCAAGGGAACGGUGCUGAUGUUCUAUUUGUUGCUGGUCCAUCCGGUGCCUCUACAGCUCUGCCUAUCAUCAAAACUCUUGUAGACAAUAUUCAGGCUCAACCUGGUCAGGUUCAGAUGAGUCUUCAAGUCAGUUCCUGUAGCGAUGCAGAGAAUAUACCACUUUCUGAUCCCAGUGCUUAUUGUGGUCCCAACUCACCAAAUGCACAGGACGAUUUCAUCACUUUAUUGAGACGAAUGCGUGCAAAUGCUGCUGAACUUAGAGAUCGAUUACGAACUCCAAACCAAGUAGCUGUUUUAUUCAUUGACGAUCAGUCUAUGUUUAACAGAUAUGAAAUUUCACAGGAAGCUAGAAAUGCUGUACGAGAUGGUGUACAAGUAUAUAUUGUGGAUCUUGGAGUAACUCAAAACAGAAAUUUCCUGGAAAGAAUGGCUUCAAGAAGAGACGCAGUAUUCUCUAUAAAUGAUAGAUUUGGUGGUAAUUUGGAAGGACGUCUUUUGAGACAAAUGUGUGAUGAUUUAAACGAGUCUCCCUUCAACGUUCCAGAAGUACCACCAAGCAAAUAAAUACUAGUUUAGGCUAUUUAGUUCUAUUUUAGAUAACUAUUUAAUUUUUGUAAAAUACAAAUAAAACUUGAAGACUAUCCUGAGAAAUUAAUAUUUGGAAACAUUGAGGGAACAUGAUUGUUGUGCAUCAGCAAUUCCCCAUUAUAUUGCUCAGGUUACAGUUACUUUUUAUUGAUAUACUCAUUUUGCUUUCUAGAAAGUCUCUUAAGUAAUCAAAAAUGAGAGUAAAAGAGAGCGCCAUUCGUAUUAUUGUAUUUGUUGAUGUGGAAUUAUUAUAAAGUGAUACAGACUUCUUAUACUACUUACUUGUUAUGUCUAUGUUUAUAAUAAAAACAUGUUCUGAAUUUUU